AUGAGGGAAUUUUCCGGUAGGAAAAAGGAGGACAUUGCGAGUGCAUUAAAUUCUUUUAUCAUGCACAAAAGAGAUGCAAAAAAAAAAUACACAUUUGGAUGGACAAUUGUGCAGCCCAGAACAAAAAUUGGGGCUUUGUUUUCCUACCUGACAGGAUUGGUAAAUUCAAAUGAUAUUGAAGCUAAUGAGAUUGUUUUAAACUAUCUAGAGACAGGACAUACAUUUAUGUCUGCAGACCAUUUCCAUCACCAAGUUAAUAAACAGAUAAAGUCAAAAGGAAAAAUGUAUGAUUUUGAAGACUUCAAAGAUGCUGUCAAAGCUAGUAACUCUGGAAAGGUUACUGUAAAGAGCAUGGAGCAUCAGGACUUUUUCACAGAAUUUAACUAUUCUUCACAGUAUAAAAUUAUGCAUAAAAGUUCCUCGUCCAUAUCUUAG